AUGGGCCUUCUAGCCCAAACUAGAACUCAGGAUAAGCGUUCUUUGGAAAUGACUCUAACUCUUCAAUCAAAAGCUAGAGUGGGUGAGAAAAAGAGGAGAGGUGCUAAAUCCAACAAGGAAAAGUUGGAAAUAGCUGAAACAAAGAUUAAAGAAGAAGAUGUUAAUGUUUUUUCUAGGAAGUUUCCAGCUUGGAAAUGUAUUUUGGUGGGAGCUCAAGGUGCCUCAGGAGGUCUUGUGGCUCUUUGGAAGGAUUCAAUAAUGGAUGUAGUUGUUAUUAGAUCAACAAGGUGGUGGCAGUGGUUGAAGAUUCAAUCAUUUCAGCUUCAAACAAUUUUUUUCCUUAUCAACAUUUAUGGGCCCAACAACUCAAAUCUGAAAUUGCAGAUGUGGGAGGAGCUGGCUGACAUAAUGAGAAAUGACAGGGAGAAUUUAUUUAUUCUUGGAGGGGAUUUCAAUGUGAUUAUCCGCCCCUCAAAUAAAAUGGGUGGUGUAGGGUGGAACAAACAAAGCCAGAGAGAUUUAAGCUCUUUUGUCAUGAACUCAGGUUUGAUUGAGAUUCCCUUUAGAACGGGGGAUUUCACAUGGACAAAUAGGAGGAGUGGUUUUAUGAAUAUUGCAGAGAGGUUGGAUAGGUUCUUUAUUGCUAGUGACUGGUCAGAGAGUAAUUGGAACAGUCUUGCUGAGAUUCUUCCUAUUUCGAGCUUUGAUCACUACCCCAUUUGCCUCAAAAUUCAAGAAGAAAGUGCCCUUGAGAGAUGCCUGUUUAAAUUUGAAGCAAUAUGGUUAUGGGACAACAACAUCAAAAAAUUAAUUGAAUAG